AUGGAAGCCCCACCGAGCAGGCGCAGUAAGCUUGCGGUGGUUGCUGUCGUGGCGUUUAUCUAUCAGGCACUCGAAGUUUGUAUCGCGCAGGGAUCGUUUUCAGCCUCGUCGUCGUCAGGAGCAUGGUCAUCCUCCAGUGGCUCUGAAGUUGGCUUUGUUCCCGUUACAACAGUAGCCGAGGAGUUGGCUCAGGAAUGGUUCACCGAGAACUUUUGGGACAACAUGACGCAGUUGGCGGUUGGCGUGGACUCAAAGCUGAAAAACUUGUCUACUAGCGAUGUGAUCUGCAGUGGCAUGCCAUCGCUCCAGCGACGCUCCGCUGAAACUCUCCCCAACUCCGGCUGCCCCGACAUUUUCACGGCGAUCGAUGCUUCAUGCACGUGUCUGAUCAGCGGCUACAACGGCACUGACACUUGGGAGUUUCGAGUAGCCCAGCGCAGCGUCGACAGCGAGUACCCAGCCAAACUCACUUCCGCGGAUGUUCUACAUGUCGACGCUAUCAGGACGAUGCUGGUGCCUCCAACGCUCAAGACGCUUCGUAUCGUCGGAGAAGGAAGUUCGCCACAGGACAUUCAAUUCGCGCCGGAAGAUAGGCGUAUCCCUGGCACUGCGUUACCUGUUGCUACCAGCCCCAACGACUCGAUCUCCGUAUCGUCCGUGGAAAUUAUCAACAUUAACAUGUUUUCAAUCACGCUCUCAGCGUCCUCCUUUCUGCCGCCAACAACGACCAAUCUUACCCUGCGAAACUGCAACUUGUUCGGCUUUGGCUUCCGAUUUUUCGACGGAGUGACUGGGCUUAAGUACUUGGAUCUGUCGUCCAACUCGUUGACUGUUCCUUACGCUGGAUCAACUACCCAGAGCACUUGCUCCAAUGAAUUCUGCACGAUUGAAACACUGAAUCUCACCAACAAUAGCCUGACAGCGUUCCCUACCGUGGUAUUCAACAUCGACAAUCUACAGGAGCUGUACAUUGCCCAUAACGACAUCACGGACUUCAACAUCAGCAACUCGACGUUCGCCGCUAUCAAGAACUUGGCGGUCUUCGAGUCUGAUCAACCGGACCCAGCGGCCACCUGCCCCUGCGGAACGUGGCAAACAGCGCACAACUCGCGGUUUUGCGUUGCCAACAGCACAAUCUCAAUCCCAGAAACAAGUUCAGGGACGUGCACCGAAUGCAUCCUCUACGUGAGUAUCAUCGGCGGCUGCGUAGUGGUGGCCCUCAUAGUGCUGCUGUUGUGGCAACGAGCCCGCCUUCGUCAACGAGCUUCCAUGCCCUCGGCUGAGUCCUCGCCCUCCAGCUACUACCUCGCCAGGAGCGGUGGCGAGACCGCAAACUUCCAGUCUUCCGACAAAACCACCACCGAGGCGUUACUGGAGGACCCGAUCAUUGUCACGAACCGCAUCAACUACAAGGAGGUCAAACUAGGCAAGUGUCUAAGCAGAGGCGGCUUCGGCCUGGUGUUCGUCGGGCAGUACAAGGGCCGCCAGGUCGCGGUCAAGAAGAUCCGACCCGACCGCAGCCUCGACCCGAAGGACGUCAAGGCCUUCCUCAAGGAGAUCAUCCUCAUGGCGGAGCUGCACCACCCGCGCAUCGUCGAGUUCGUCGGCGUGGCUUGGGACAACCUCAAGCACUUGUCCGCCGUCUCGGAGUUCAUGGAGGGCGGAGACCUCCGACACGUGCUGCGGAGCUUCAAGCGCCAGGGCAGUCCGUUGUCCUGGAGGAGCCACAAGGCCGUCAUCGCGCUGCAUAUCGCCGAAGCCAUGCACUACCUGCACUCGCACUCGCCCAAGGUGAUCCACCGCGACCUCAAGUCCAAGAACGUGCUGCUGAACCGCCACCUGGAGGCCAAGCUCACGGACUUUGGCGUCUCUCGAGCGCAGUACUCGGUGCAGACCCACGCCAUGACCGCCGGCAUCGGGACGUCCUUCUGGAUCGCGCCCGAGGUUCUGCUGGGCCGCGACUACAACGAGCAGGCCGACAUCUACUCGUUCGGCGUCGUGCUGUCGGAGAUCGACACGGACGACUACCCGUACUGGAACGACGCCAACCGUGACGGAGCUCGGGGCAAACUCGAGGAGGCCGACAUCCUCCGGCAGGUGGCCAAGGGCAACAAGCGACCGCAGUUCUCGCCCAACUGCCCCGCCGCCAUCGUGCUGCUGGCCGAGAGCUGCCUGCAGAAGGACCCCAAGGACCGACCGACCGCCGCGAACAUCGUCGACACGCUGCAGCAGCUUCUGGGCUCGAGUCUCGCGCCCAGUCUGUCCGACUCGGAGUCGUCCCCAGCAUCGGGCUCUGCGUGGACUGCAGACUCUAGACAAUAG